AUGUCCUUCUCCGAUUUCUCCUUAACUAGCGAAUUGCCUGCCUGGAAGACCUUGCAGAACACCUACAAGGCCUCUGGCGAAAACUUCAAGGUCACUGAAGCCUUCCAAAAGGACCCUAAGAGAUUCCAAAAGUACUCCAAGACCCUUAAGAACUUCGAUGGCUCGGAAAUCUUGUUCGAUUUCUCCAAGAACUUGGUCGAUGACGAGAUCUUGGGUCAAUUGAUCCAAUUGGCCAAGGAAACUAAGGUGGAGCACUUGAGAGACGAAAUGUUCAAGGGUUCCAAGAUUAACUUCACCGAAGACAGAGCCGUCUACCACGCUGCUUUGAGAAACAGAGGCUUGAAGAAGAUGGAGGUUGACGGCAAGGACACUGCUCCUGAAGUCGACGAGGUGUUGCAACACAUGAAGGAGUUCUCCGAGCAAGUUAGAUCUGGCGAAUGGACUGGUUACACCGGCAAGGCCAUCACCGACGUUGUCAACAUCGGUAUUGGAGGCUCGGACUUGGGUCCAGUCAUGGUCACCGAGGCUUUGAAGUCCUACGCCAAGCCAGGCUUGAACGUGCAUUUCGUUUCCAACAUCGACGGGACCCACAUCGCCGAAACUGUCAAGGGCUUGAACGCUGAAACCACCUUGUUCUUGGUUGCCUCCAAGACAUUCACUACCGCAGAAACCACCACCAACGCCAACUCGGCCAAGAAGUGGUUCUUGGAGUCCGCCAAGGACACCAAGCACAUUGCUAAGCACUUCGCUGCUUUGUCUACCAACGCUGAGGAGGUCGCCAAGUUCGGAAUCGACACCAAGAACAUGUUUGGCUUCGAAAGCUGGGUGGGUGGUCGUUACUCUGUCUGGUCUGCCAUCGGAUUGUCUGUUGCCAUUUACAUUGGUUUCGAGAACUUCGAGAACUUCUUGAAGGGUGCUGAAGCUGUUGACAAGCACUUCCAGGAGACUCCUUUGGAAGACAACAUUCCAGUUUUGGGAGCUUUGUUGUCCGUGUGGUACAACAACUUCUUUGGUGCUCAAACUCACUUAGUGGCCCCAUUCGACCAAUACUUGCACAGAUUCCCAGCUUACUUGCAACAAUUGUCCAUGGAAUCCAACGGUAAGUCCGUCACCAGAGGUAACGUGUUCACUGACUAUCAAACCGGUACCAUCUUGUUUGGAGAGCCAGCCACCAACUCCCAGCACUCGUUCUUCCAGUUGGUCCACCAAGGUACCAAGUUGAUCCCUGCCGACUUCAUUCUUGCCGCCCAAUCCCACAACCCUAUCGAAAACAACUUGCACCAAAGAAUGUUGGCCUCUAACUUCUUUGCCCAAGCUGAAGCUUUGAUGGUCGGUAAGGACGAAGAACAAGUUAAGGCCGAAGGUGCCACUGGUGGUCUCGUUCCUCACAAGGUCUUCUCUGGUAACAGACCAACCACCUCCAUCUUGGCCCAAAAGAUCACUCCUGCUGCUUUGGGUGCUCUUAUCACCUACUACGAACACGUCACUUUCGUCGAAGGUGCCAUCUGGAACAUCAACUCGUUUGACCAGUGGGGUGUUGAGUUGGGUAAGUCCUUGGCCAAGGCUAUUGGCACCCAAUUGGAUGACAACAAGGACGUGACCAACCACGACCCAUCCACCAACGGUUUGAUCAACCAGUUCAAGCAAUGGUCCACUUAA